AUGACAAUACACACCAGUCGAACUCACACAACCAAAAUACAGAUGGCAUGUCUGGCUAAGAUGGAGAAAGUGAUCGUAGCAAUGCAAGACCCUGACGUAGGCAUUAAGAUGAAAUACCAAAAACUUAUAAUUACAGGCAUCCCCCAUGCAGUCACUGGCAAUGAUAUUGUCGAGUGGCUUAUUCAAAACUUUUCUAUAUCUGAAGAAGAGUCUCUUCAUCUUGGUGACCUAAUAGUAAAGUAUGGUUACAUUUACCCACUAAAGGAUCCAAAGAAUUUUGUUCUCCGGGCAGAUGAUUCUCCUUAUCGAUUUCAGACCCCUUACUUCUGGACUUCAUAUAAAUGGCCUGCAACAGAACUUGAUUAUGCUAUAUAUUUGACUAAGAAGAACAUAAAGAGGCAGGGAGACUUAGUUGGCUACGAGAAGGACAGUUACAAUCUACUGCACAAGAGGAUCAAUCAUACUUGGGAUUUUGUGGUAAUGCAAGCCAGAGAACAGCUCAGGGCAGCUAAGCAACGGAGAAAGUCUGAUCGUGUUGUACUGGAUUGUCAGGAGCAGGCCUAUUGGCUCGUCAACAGACCUCCACCUGGAGCAAUAAAUAUCAUGGAAUCGACCCCAAAAGGAAGUAACAUCCAUACGACAAAGGUCACGUUGAAUAGUGCAUUUUACAAAAGAGAGAUUGACUAUUACAGAAAAGCAUUGACAAGAUCAAGAGUUAAAUCAUCUGUGUCCUUGGAGGGGUUUGUGAAGCACUGUGAGCAAUAUCUUCUGCAUGAUCCUAUUAUGUCUAGCUGUCUUCCCAGUAACCCUUGGAUUACAAGUGGCACUUUGUACUGGACAAUGAAUGCUGAUUUAGUGACCAUUCCAACAAGGUUACGUGUAGAGCGCUGGGCAUUCAAUUUCAGUGAAUUGCUACAUGAUCCCCUUGGCAGGCAACAAUUUAGAUACUUUCUGGAAAGAGAGUUCAGUGCUGAAAAUCUUAGUUUCUGGGAGGCUUGCGAAGAUGUCCAGUAUGGAGAACAGUCAAAAGUUGAUGAGAAAGUGGAGGCCAUCUUUGAACAGUUUUUGGCAGCAGGAGCCAGCAAAUGGGUAAAUAUCGACAGUAAAACAAUGGAAAAGACUCUUGAUGGAUUACAAAUUCCCCAUCGCUAUGUAUUUGAAGAUGCACAAAUGCACAUUUAUAUGCUAAUGAAAAAGGAUUCUUACCCACGUUACUUAAAGUCAGAUAUGUACAAGAAUAUUCUAGCAAGAUCCAUUGUUCCACAGGAAACCAAGAGAAGCAUGGUUCCAUUCAUGAGGUGGCAUCGUUAUUCCAACGCCAGCUCUGUACAGAUGUUCUACCCAAAGGACAAUGACGGGAAAGGAAAGGAUGCAACGGUUUCACAGGUUCAAAACUAA